CAGCUACGAGUCGUCGCAAUAUUUGUCGCAAUGAACCUUACUUUGAUCGUGCUUGUCGCUUCCGUCCUCGCAUACGCCAACGCUGGACUCAUCGGGACACCUGGAGCGAUCCCCUCUCCAGUUAUAUCCGCUUACGCAGCACCGGCUUCUCCAGGCUUUUCGGUUUAUUCUGCGCCGGAAUUUUCUAACGCUGCGCUUACUGCCUACGCAGCUCCAAAUCCGAUCGUGUCGGCAUAUUCUUCCCAUCCGGCUCCAGUGGUCGCUUAUUCCGAGGCACCCGUGACUUAUUCUGCGUCACCAUUGGUUUCCUCGUACUCGGCUCCAGUUUUCGCCAAGUCCGUAGCUCCAGUGGCUUAUGGAUCAUCCGUCUGGUAGAAUGGUAUACAACAUAAAAGUCAAGA